CGCACAAGAACCCGCACCGCCUUGACCCCUCCUCUCGCACCCAGCCAAGCCAAGCCGCUUCCAUGAGACCAUGACCGGACCCCUCAUCCACUCGCAACGAUGAGCAGCAGUGCCCGAGGUGCCUUCUUGACCGGCCGGUGAGCUGCUGCGAUCUGUCGCUUGCGUGCAUCGCGCUGAGAAGGGGAGGGGGGCGAUGGCCGCCACGAGGAGGCUCUCGGAGCUGCUGCAGGAGCAGCAGGAGCCGUUCCUCGUCGAGGCCGCCAAGGCAAGGAGGCCCCGGCGCGGCCGUGGCGGAAGCAGGGGAGGAGGAGGAGGAGCAGAAGGAGAAGGUGGGGGCUGCUGCCCCGCGGCCGUGUGCCGGCGGCUGCUCAGGCUCUGCAACCACGGGUUCAAGAAGAGGAGGAGCGGCGGCACCGGCGGCGCGGGCGGCGUGAGCGGGCUGCGGUCGGUCCUGAGCAAGGUGCUGUGCAGCAGGGCCAUGCGGAGGGUGCUGCAAUGCGAGGGUCUCGGCGGCCUGUGCUUCUCCGGCGCCGGCAGUGGCGGUGACCGCGAGUUCCGCCGGCUGCGGCGCUCUAUCGGCGACAGCGGAGAGUGCGACCCUCGCGCCAUGGAACUCGGCGGUGGGAUUAACGGGGACGAGGAGGAUGAGCGGAGGAGGUGGAAGGCCGACAUGGAGUUGGACUCCUCACGGCAGCUCAGCCCGGUCUCCGUCCUGGAGUUGCACUCCGACGACGAGGAGUCUCCGGUGCAUUCCCGUUGGGAGGAUGAGAAGCUAUCAACCUCCGGGAGCUCACCUCCAUCCGAAGCUUUCCUCGGCCCGACCUCCCCAUGCUUCACCUACAACCUCCACGACAAGUUCUGCGAAAUGGAGGUCGACGAAAGCGACGAAGAGAUGGUGAGAAACGGGAAGUCCAUAGAGGAGCAGAUCUCCUCAUGGGAGAAGAUCGCAGGGGACAUCUCCAGGAUCCCCAUGAUGAUGGAGCUGGACCUGUCACGGUCCAUGCCGCAAUGGCGCGAGCUCAAGAACGAGGCCAGGGAGAUCGGCGCCAGGAUAGAGACCCUCAUCUUCGAGGACAUCAGGAGGGAAACCGUCUGUGACAUGCUUGCUUCACAUUGUACAUUGGCAACAGCAACAUCUUGUUGAUCAAAUAGAGAGGAAGAGAGGUUGGGACCGAGGAGAGGGGCUUGGUUUGGAAAAAAAAUAGUAGAGGAGCUGUACAAUUUGAGGCUUGAUGUGGAAUUCUUUUUCCCUUAACUCCAAAGCCUUGGACUCCUGGUCUCUUUCCUGUCUUGGGUUCCAUGUAGUUUAUAUUUUGCAGACAUGAUAUGGAUGGCAAAAGGACAGGCUUUUAACCUUUCUUAACAGAGAUGU